ACGACAACGGUGUGUGAGAGCGAGAGAGAGGGAGAGAAGGACGCAGGUCGGCUCGUUAAGUGGCGAGUGAGCUCGAUUUUACUCGCUUCUGACCGCUUCAGUCUCGCGUCAGGACUCGAAAGGUGCGGAGGGCACGACGAUCCUGCCACAGUACUAGGCAUCCUCUCCAGCUGACACGUCCUCGCGGCUCAAAUCCAUCUCAUAGAUCAACGUCCAGUGUAGAACGUGCAAUCGUAUAUGUGCCUCUCGAUCUUGAUACAACUUUGUCGUGUUGUGUGUUGGUGACUUUUUCUUCGAUUUUCCUCCAAUUUUCGUACCUUCUUCUUAUACAUGGUCGCAAAGAUCUACCAUACGAAUUCGCUUAUGCGCGCCCGAUAAUACCUAGUUGUAAAACGUCGGUGAUAUCUGGCCAGGAUUACACCUACAGGAUACUCUGUCCAAGAUACAAUACAAGAAAUAAUACAUCGAGAGAAGAGGACAGAUCGUGGCCGAGUUCGAUCCAAGUGACGCAACAGCGGGAGGUGACGGUGGUCUAAUAAACGCGAACAAUAUGCAGAACAAUACGGACACCGGCGUGGACAUGACGAUACCACCGAAUCCGGCAUUGGCCACGCCAGGCUUGAACAAUCCGGCGUGGAACCGACAGCAGGCAGUGAGCGUAAGAAACGCCUUCAAAAGCUACGGAAACAGUAAAAAUCCAAACCACAUCCUGCAAAAUCUCAACAUGACCGUACCCAAGGGAUCCAUCUACGGACUCCUCGGUGCCAGCGGAUGCGGGAAAACCACGCUGCUCUCUUGCAUCGUUGGUCGAAGAAAAUUGAACGCCGGAGAGAUCUGGGUUCUCGGUGGCAAGCCAGGCACCAAAGGAUCAGGAGUUCCUGGAAGAAGAGUCGGCUAUAUGCCGCAGGAGAUUGCUCUCUACGGUGAAUUCAGUAUUCGAGAAACCAUGAUGUACUUUGGUUGGAUAUUCGGCAUGUGCACCGAGGAGAUUCAAGAGAGACUUCGAUUCCUCUUGCAAUUCCUGGACCUACCCACGCAGAACCGAUUGGUGAAGAAUCUCAGCGGUGGCCAGCAGCGUCGAGUGUCCUUCGCGGUUGCUCUGAUGCACGACCCGGAGCUCUUGAUCCUCGAUGAGCCAACAGUAGGUGUGGAUCCACUGCUGCGACAAAGCAUCUGGAACCACUUGGUCCAAAUCACGAAGGAUGGUUUCAAGACCGUCAUCAUAACCACGCACUACAUCGAGGAGGCCCGACAGGCACACACUAUCGGACUGAUGAGGAGCGGUCGCCUGCUAGCCGAGGAAUCGCCCAGGGCUCUCCUCACGAUGUUCAACUGCACUUCUCUCGAAGAAGCUUUCCUGAAACUAUCGCGACAGGAAGGACAAAACAGUCAACCACCGACGGAAUUAAAUAUCACGAAUAAUAUUAGUCUGGCAUCUUUGAACUGGGGCAAGAAGAACGAGCCGGUGUAUGUGACGGAAGAGUCAGGCGUCGUUGGCUUGAACUUCCACCAAAGUAAAGAGAUCCUCAUUCAUGACUCGACGAAUGGUAUCGGAAACCACUACGAUAUAAACGGAAGGCCGCUAUCCGGAAUGAAGAACUCGUCGUUUGUUAACGAUUGCUCCGACAUAAGCGAGUGCUACGGUAUAACGAACAGUGGCAAAAUGAAAGCGUUAUUGCAGAAGAACUUCUUGCGCAUGUGGAGAAACGUGGGAGUGAUGCUGUUCAUCUUUGCGCUGCCAGUAAUGCAAGUGGUCCUAUUUUGUUUGGCAAUUGGUAGGGAUCCAAAAGAUUUGCAAAUAGCGAUAGUCAAUCACGAAAUGGUCUAUGGAAACAAAUCUUGUCCGACAACGGAGGACUGUAACUUUUCGCAUCUUAGUUGUCGAUAUCUAAAAUUUCUGGACGAAGAUAUGAUAAAGAUAAAAUAUUAUCCUGAUCCGGAAUCAGCCAGAGAGGCAGUUCGCGAUGGAGACGCUUGGGGAACUCUGUAUUUUACGGAGAACUUCACCGACGCUCUCGUUGCGCGAAUGGCCUUGGGAAGAGAAGCUGACGACGAGACGUUAGAUCAAAGCGAGAUCAGAGUCUGGCUGGAUAUGUCCAAUCAACAAAUAGGUUUGAUGUUAGCCAGAGAAUUUCAAUAUUCGUACAGAGACUUUGCCAAAGAUCUUCUAUCAUCCUGCAAACAGAACACGAAGCUAGGCGACGUACCGAUUCAGUUUAAGGAUCCGAUUUAUGGCACUAAAGAACCCAGUUUCACCGAUUUCGUAGCACCAGGAGUAAUUUUAACUAUUGUCUUCUUCUUGGCUGUGGCUCUCACUUCUUCUGUUUUGAUCAUCGAGAGAAUGGAGGGUCUUUUGGAUAGAAGCUGGGUAGCUGGAGUUACACCGGCAGAGGUUCUUUUCUCUCAUGUGAUUACGCAAUUCGUGGUGAUGUGCGGACAAACCGCAUUGGUACUCAUCUUCAUGCUCGCUGUCUUUGACGUCGAAUGUCAAGGACAACUCGGCUGGGUGAUCGUAUUGACGAUUCUUCAGGGUCUUUGUGGCAUGUGCUUCGGGUUUGUAAUUUCAGCGAUUUGCGAACUUGAAAGGAAUGCAAUCCAGCUGGCUUUGGGCAGUUUCUAUCCAACGCUUCUGUUAAGCGGUGUGAUUUGGCCGAUAGAAGGUAUGCCAAAGUUGCUUCGAAUCCUAGCUCAGUGUCUUCCACUGACAAUGGCAACGACAUCGCUACGUGCAAUGCUGACACGUGGCUGGACCAUGUCGGAAUCGGAUGUUCAUUACGGCUUCAUCGCAACCAUCGUCUGGAUAGUCCUCUUCCUCACGAUAAGCAUAGUGGUACUGAGGCUGAAGCGCGGAUAAGACUUGAUCGUAGCAUUUUCAUAUCGUUAUUACCACGUGAAAGAGAGAAAUCAAGCUAACGACACGUUGGUUCGACUCGAGCAACCACGGUCAGCCAUCGCGUUGGUGGAAACUCGAAGCGAGGAAAGAUCGCUUCAACAGCUUCCUCGAGACGAUCUCGUAGUACCCUCUGUGCGUGAAUCUUCAGAUACAUGUGAUGCUAUUUGUGCGCUUGGUAUCUUUUACGUGUGAAUCAGGAACGAAUGACUGUAUAUCUGAUCCUUAGGGAUUUCUUCUCUUUUAUCCUCUCUUUUUAUCCUUCUUUUUUUAAUUCAACGUCUGUAAUAUAACAUUUAUUCGCACGAAGAUGCAUUUUACUAUGGAUAUCCACAAGUAUUCAUCGUCUCGUUUAAAUCCACCUAUUAAGAGAAAAUAUGCUGUACAGAUUGCUUGGCGAUGAAUGAGACGAUCUUUACUUAAAUCCGAUACAAUGUGCCCUGGUAUUUGUCGUAAAUUUGUUGUAAGUGGUUAAGUUAACGAAUAGCAAAUUAGAUAUAGGACAGUUUUACUUGCCCAUAACUUAAAUGUAUGUUUUAUUUAUCUUCUGACGUCAAGAGGAAUUAUGUAGUUAAACGGGGAACGGAGAAAGCGUAUGUUUCUCUAAGCGUGGAAUGGAAAUACCUUUCGUAUAUCACGAGAGGUAUAUAUGAAAUUAUGUAUAAAAGCAAACUUUGACCGACAUAAUUACCGGAUGGAUAUAUAUAUAUACAUAAUUAGAAUAAUUAAUACGCGCUAGUGUGCGAUACGGUUCUAAGAUACGAAAUAUGUACCAUAUUGUAGAAUGUAAAUUAUAGCAAUUAUAUUUUAUACUUUAUCGAUCUUCUUGAUUUAUUCGUAUUUUAGAGAAGCGGUUAGUUUGAAUAAAAUUAUUCUGCAAGGAAUACAUAGGAAGCAUGUUUUAGAACAAAAGAACAGAAGCACUGUAUAUUUCCGUUUUCCGUUCUCUAUUUUCUGUUUAAAAAUCAUUUACAAAAAAAAUAAAAAAUAUUUCGAGAUGUC